AUGGUGGACACUCCAAACACAUGGCAGGACAAGGUCCGCUCGAAGCGCGAACCUCAAGCACAAGCAUUGGCUAUCGCUUCAGAUGAUAACCUUCGAGAACUCGACCUCAGCGUGGUAGACAUUGAUGAUAUCACAACACUGGUCGGUCGCAUAUCCUCGGGCGAACUAAAGUCAGAAGCUGUAACCCGAGCAUACAUUCACAAGUUUAGUAGCGACUUGGCUAUUGCAGCACAUAAUCAAACAAAUUGUUUCACCGAAAUCCUCUUCCAAGACGCUUUGCAACGCGCCCGUGAGCUCGAUAAUUAUAGAAUAAAGCAUGGGAAUGUCAUUGGACCAUUACAUGGCGUUCCCAUCACUAUAAAGGAUCAAUUCAAUGUAAAGGGCUAUGAUAGUACACUCGGAUACGUUGGUCGCACAUUCAACCCCGCAACCGAGGAUGCCGUCCUAGUCGAUAUGCUCAAGAAGCUUGGUGCCGUUGUAUUGGCUAAAACCAAUCUUCCUCAAAGCAUAAUGUGGUGCGAAACUGAAAAUCCUCUUUGGGGACUUACCACGAAUCCACUAUGCAGUGAUUAUACUCCUGGAGGCUCAACUGGGGGCGAGGCAGCACUCUUAGCCCUUCAUGGUAGUCUCAUUGGUUGGGGGACAGAUCUUGGUGGUAGUAUUCGAAUGCCUGCCCAUAUGAUGGGUUUAUAUGGAUUAAAACCAAGCAAUUCGCGCCUUCCGUACCAUGGCGCACCAGUAUCAACGGAAGGCCAAGAACACGUCCCCUCGGCUGUAGGGCCACUAGCACGAAAUCUGCCGUCAUUGACCUUAGUUAUGAAAGAGCUGAUCCAAAUAAAGCCCUGGGAACGCGAUGCUCGAUGUGUACCUUUAUCGUGGAGAGACGAGAUUUUCCAGGAAUUUAAGGCUAAGCCCCUGACUAUCGGCUUGCUUAUUGAUGACGGGGUAGUCCGACCGCACCCACCUAUUAAUAGAGUGCUACUAUCAGUGGUGGAAAAGCUUCAAGCAGCCGGUCAUGACAUUGUCGAAUGGAAUGCCGACCUUCACGCUGAGUGUAUUCAGGUCAUGGAUGAAUUCUACACUGUUGACGGUGGCGAAGACAUUCGCCGCGAUGUCCUCGCGGGGGGUGAACCUUUCCUCCCCCACGUGGAAGUAUUAAUUAACAAAGGUCAACCCAUUUCCGUGUACGAUUACUGGCAGCUGAACAAGCGCAAGUUGGUACUUCAACAGGAAUACCUCAACAAGUGGAAUGGACUCAUAUCCCCCCGGACAGGGGCACCGGUUGAUGUUAUAAUAAUGCCAACCAUGCCUCAUACCUCUGUGCCUCAUCGUUCGUGUCGAUGGGUAGGAUACACAAAAAUAUGGAAUGUGCUGGACUAUUCAGCUUUAAUAAUCCCAGCGGGUAAAGCUACAUCUGCCGAUAAUGAAGCGCCGUGGAACUAUGCACCAAGGAAUGUAUUGGAUGGGUGGAAUUCUGGACUAUGGACACGACAUAAGGAGAAGAUGAUCGAACUUGGCCUACCAGUUGGCGUGCAAAUUGUAGGGAGAAGACUGGAGGAAGAGAAAAUACUGGCGAUUGGUACCGUUAUCGAUGAAUUACUUCAGCAAACCAACAUUGCUUAG